AUGCUCAUACCAGAGCCCGAGGAGCUGGUGGUGGGUCAAGUUGUUCAGUUCAAUGCCAGUGCAGGGUACGGCUUCAUCAAACCAAGCGCGGACUCUGUAUUUCAGCAGGAUGUUUACUUCAACAUCAAGGACUUGUCUCGGGCAUUGUCAGACGAGGAAAGAGCAGGCCUGAAUGGACAAAUGUGCCGCUUCAAUUUGCGGCUCACGCCCGACAACAGGCCUCAAGCUCGCCGAGUUGAGAUGCUGAGCACGAGUAUGGGCACUUCACGAUUCAGCUAUGAACCUCCUACUCAGGCGGCGGUUCCGCUGGCCCCAGGCCGCUUGCCUGCGGGUGCGCCAGAUGAUCACGAUCCUUCCAAGUUUGCAAGCUCGGCGACCACAUCGCAGACACGGACACGCUUCAGCUAUGAGGCACCAACCGCGUCGACUGCAUCCGGUUUUCAGUCAGGCGCGCCACCUGAGCCAACCUUUGGCGCAAACUCCAGGUUCAGCGCUACUCCGCCGCCAGGCCAUGAGAUGAAGCGUGCUGCGGAAGGUGCUGGUGAGGAACCUCCCAGCAAGCGCCAGGUGCUGCAUGAGCCCGGCGCAAGCGAGCAGGCGCCUCCGCCGCCACCGGCAGAGGCUUGA